CAGGGGACUUCGAAAUUCAAAAUCAGUCGCCGCCCGACCGCGAAACGAAGCACGUCGCGGUCCGCGCUCAAAAAAACAUUUAACAGCUGAGAGAGAUUCUAAGACUGACAAAAUGGACUUGUGAAUAGUGUAUCAUUAUAUAAUAUUUAGUGUGGAACAAUAUCUAGUGUUUAUUUUGUCCAAAAUGUGGGGUGAAAGCAGUAAAAACUGUGAAAACAACUGCCAGUGCUCGGGGUUAAUAACGGAAAACUUCAGGAUAAACUCCGGCAACAACGGAACGAAACGGAAACAAGAAGACUCAAUCUCAACGAACUACAAACUUAAAAUGAACCCACAUUCCUUAGACUUCAAAUCACCGUUGCACUCCCCAAUCGUCACCCCAUCAAAAAGAAGGAUCCUUGGUGAACUAACAAACACAAAUUUUUCUCCAAAUACUUCGUUAAAGAAUUCUCCUUUGCAACGAUUGAAGUCAGUUGAACAGAAGAAAUCUCCGUUGAUCGACAGAAAUAUUCAAUCCCCAGUAACGAGUAGGUCGUUUAAGAGGACAACGAAGAUUUCAAGGAUAUUUCAAGAGAGGACAAAGUUUAAGAUGUCUAAUAAGGAGAAUGACAGUCCGUUGAUUAACGAGACAUUCGUUAAGUUGGAUCUUGAGGAAGAGACGAGGGAUUGCACGUUUGGAGGCUUCCAGUCUUGUAGAGAGACUGUCACCAAUUGGUCUAUGACUAAGUUGGACUUCACAGAUGCACUCCAAACGAAAUCCUUCGAAAUGGAAUCACGUACCACAAAAACGGAUACCUUCAAAGAGGCAAAAACCACAAAAGAGUCCGAACUAUACGUACCUGAGAAAGACAUGGACACCGAUCUGGACCCUGACUUUGAUACCCUACACGACUUAGAAGAAGAAUUUGAUGCUGACAACUUCGAUCACUGUACUAAGUAUGAGAUAAUUUCCACCGAUAGUCCGAAUAUCAUAUCCAGGGGAAGGUCUUCUACCAGCAACUCCAGGAAAGUUAGCUCGAGGAAUUUCGUCUUCGGUGCCCCGUUGGCUGACAACGAGCAGUCCACAUCGUUCAACAGGCCAAACGUGAAUGCUACCAGAAUGCUCAAUUUUGAAGAAGAGAACUUUGAGUUUACUUCCCCGGCUACAAGAAGGCCUAGUACAAGCUUCUCCGUUAAGAAGUCGUUGAAAUUCAACGAGACACCAACUAAGAGCCCGUUAAGGUUUGAAAGUUCAACAGAUAUGCAGACUCCAACGAGGAAUCCUUUGAGGCAUGAGAAGAGCGACUCGAGCAUCGGUUCCAUGGCUUCAUCCCCAGGGUCAAGCCAAUUGAGGCUCUUCACCGCUGAAAGCACAACUUCAAUGGAAAGCGGUUUCAUAUCCGAGCUCGAAGAACCGUUCUUAGAACUGGAACCAUCUUCAUCGAAUUCACCAAAAAUGCCUAACUUUAACGAUUUACUCUCCGGUCAGAUCAAAGAGAACAUCCUUACUGAACGGUCGUUUUUAAAGAGACCGUUGUUGCAAAGGAGUUUGAGCUUCAACCCAGAACCGAGGUCAAGAUUAUUUGCCAGCAAAGACAGCCCGGAUCAAGCGAGGAGGUCUCAAAAGAGGGAGUCCCAUUCGGAGAAUACAGUCAAUAAGAAGAGGAAGUCAAACUGCUCUAGUCCCGUUGAAGUGGAGAAGGUUGAGAAAGUACAGAGGCCCGUACUCCAACGAGCAUUCUCUGAGAACCACGCUUCAAUUAUGUCUGCGUUGGCGAGAUCGUCGACGGAACCGGACCUGAUCGGCGACUUCUCGCAGCCGUACGCUCUGCCCCUCACCGGGGGCGACCACUCCGACCUCAAGUCCAUCUCCUGCGACACUUUGGCCGCCCUGCUGCGGGGAGAGUACGAUGACAGCAUCCAAGAUUACCAGGUGAUAGACUGUCGCUACCCGUACGAGUACGAAGGCGGCCACAUCCCCGGGGCCGUCAACCUGUACACUCCUGCGCACGUCCAGACGCUGCUCAACACGCCGCUACGCACCAGGGACCAGGAGAAACGGAGCAUCCUGGUGUUCCACUGCGAGUUCUCCUUGGAAAGAGGACCUAAACUAUACCGGUAUCUUCGUUCGUCAGACCGGUCGAAAAACAUGGAGAACUAUCCAUAUCUCAACUACCCAGAGAUCUAUCUCCUCCACAAGGGUUACAGGACAUUCUUCCAGAAGUACCCCGACUUAUGCACCCCUGGUGGCUAUACAGCCAUGUUGGAUCCUAAGCACACGCAGUUGUUGAGAAAACACAGGUCAAUUGAAGAACCAACGUCUUUCUUCACACAUCACCGAAAAGGACAUCGGCUACUGAAUUGAAUGAAGGUCAUACUAAUUUCAGUACAGUCAUGAGCAAUAUAAUGUACCCACUUUAGGACUCUGUCGCACUAACAUAUUUGACAUUUAGUGAAACUUACAGUGCAAUUUGUCAUAAAAGUUAAUGUGACAUGGUACCAAAAGUGUAUACAUAUUAAUGCUCGUGACCGUACACACCAUUCAAGUGUAUUUCAAGUUAUACCUGUCCUUUUCUUCUCUGGUGUCAGGGUUACUAAAGCCGCCCAAAGCCCCUGACAUGACUCAUGUAACGACUACAUACUUACAUCAGUAAGUAACCGGGACCAACGGCUUAACCUUCCGAAGCACGGAUCAUCUUUCAGACUACCAGGUGAUCAGCCUGUAAUGUCCUAACCAAACUGGGGAUCACAGAGUAUUUUUUUAUUUGUGAUGUUUCCCCACCGGGAUUCGAGCCCGGGACCUCCGGAUCAUGAGGCUAACGCUCAUCCACUGGACCACGGUGGUCUAUUCUUUUCCACCGAAACGGAAAGGGACGGGUAAUCGACAGGCAUAAAAUUAAUGGAACACAAAAAUUUUAAGCGGAAAAGUAACCUUAAAUUUUAUAUUAGCCAAUAACCCGACUGAAUUAAGGUGAGAGCACAUGUCAAACGGAUUGCAUAUCAGGGAGAUGUCCAUUUUAUUCGCCCGGGUUAUUCCUUCAUUUUAAAAUUAACAGUUGUCAAUGAUCCGUCCCUUUCCUUUUCGGCGGAUAAGAAAAUGACGGGUAUAACUUAAAAUAAAAUUAGGAGGUGUCUGCAGGAAUCGGGGCCGUUAAGUUGAUUAGGUUAGCUAAACUAUUAUUGUAUAUAAAAAUGUCUACAAUAUUUUACAACUAAAGAAAGUAGUGUAAAUAGGCGCAUUUGUAUAUCAAUAAUAUUAGUAUAAUACGCUAACUACACGGUAUAGCAAAACAAGGUAUGUUCAAUCCUAUGACAAGCCGCCAUUGCUAGCCCUUUGAUGACGUAAGUGUUACCAUUCAAUUGGUAUCUCCAACAUUCCAAGGACGUAAAUUUUAUUAUCAAAAAUUAAGCGAAUUACUGACUAAUGUAUUUAAUUACUAUUACUUGUCACAUGUAUAAAAAUCAUUGAAAAUGUAAGUGAAUCUUUUACUAAAAGUUCAAAAUUGGCUUGCAAAGUAAAUUGAAAAUAUUGGUCGUGGGUAAUUUGUUUUACGAAAUGGCAACACAGGGCGGGAUGACGUCAGCUGGGCUAACCUUGAAAUGUUAGCUGUCACUUUUGAGCAUACCUGGUUUUGUUAUACCAUGGCUAACUAUAACUUUGACAGUUGUCAAAAUAGUACAUAUUCUUGGUAUCGUCAUUUUAAAGUGAAAACCGCGUGACCGCCAUUUUGAAAAAUCACACCCAGUGCCCUCUUUGUCAAAACUUACAAGCAAUUUUCUUGUCAAAAAAUUACUUAGUGAUGUUAGUAAGUAGUCGUUACAUGGGCCAUGUCAGGGGCCUUUGGCGGCUCAAUAGUAACCCUGACCAGGGUUGAUGAGGUUAGUAAUUCACCUCACAACUCACACGUUAGAAGACACCUGAAUGUUAUUUUUCAUAAAGGCGAUUACUUUGUUUUCACUUUAAGACGCCGAUUUGCGGAUUAAAAUUGUACAUAUAACGCGCAAAUUAUUUGCAGCAUAUGAUAAUUUAGUGUACAUAGAUAGGAAAGAAGCGUUUAGAAUAUAACUAAUAUGUCCAUCAUGUUAGGGAUAUUUCUUCGACUUAUUAUACAUACUUACGACUUAUUAUUAUAUAUACAUAUUAUACAGGGUGUUAGUGACAUCGUAACGAAUACUGAGGGGGAUGAUUCAGCUCAUUAUUCUGAGUUAAUGUCAAGUGGAGUUUUCUGGUGUGAAUUCUCCGUCAAAGUUGUUAUCACGCUAUCACUAACACCCUGUAUAGUGAACGUAGAAAAACCAAAAAACCGGACUGUCAAUCCUUCAGGUUAGGUAAGCGGACCCAGUGAAAACGGGAUAAUAAGAAAUUAAUGAAUGAUAAUAUAUAUAGUAAAUGUAUCCCUAUCCUUGCAACAUAAUGGUAUUGUUUCUCCAGUACGGUCACGAGUACUAAUAUGUAUACACUUUGGAACUAUGUCACAUUAACUUUUUUGACAAGUUAAACCGUAAGUGCCUCAUUAAAUGUCAAAUAUGAUAGUGCGACAGAGUUCUAAAGCGGGUAAAUGUACACACCAUCUGAUUUUUCUGCAUAAGAAACUGAUAAGUUAUACCUGUCAUUUUCUUAUCCGCCGAAAAGGAAAGGGACGGGCAAUCGACAGGCAUAACAUUUAUGGAACACACGUCAAUGUUACACAGAAAAAACAACGCUCUCAAAAACUUACAUUGGCCAAUCACCGUGCAGAAUUAAGUUGACAGCACAUGUCAAAUGUGAUUUUUUAUGUGAAAAAAAAAAUGGCGUUUUUUAACUUGUAACAAUGUUAAAAAAAAAUAAGAUUUUGCUUAUAAAAAACUUUAAAUUUGACAGGCGGUAAACGCUUACCGUUUUGAGGAGAAAGUGUUAUAUUUUUAAUACUUUACAUACAUAUCUAAACUCACGCACGUUAUCCCUAACGGGGUCGGCAGGGCCAGAAGUCAUCUUGCAGCCACAGUUGAUAUUAAUUCAACGAGUGAGUGUUGUUUAAUACUUUUGAUCAUAACGUCAUCUCGAUAGCGGGGUAGAUAGAAUACAAGCUACCUUAGAUCGAAAUAUUAUGAAAUUAAAAAAAAUGGUCUUUUCAAAAGACCGUGGUGAUACGGUCUUAGGUCAUUAUACGUACGGAAUUUUCUCGAUAUUUUUCCGGUAUUUUUGUAGCAUUUUCACGCAUUUAUUUAGGUAAUAUUGAUUUUUAAGCGUAAUUAUUAUUUUAAUUGUACAUACAAAUGCCAUAUUAAGUUAAGUGAUAAGUACAAAAAAAAAUAGUUAAAGUAUAAUCCCACCUUUAGUUACAACUGUAUGCCAUUUAAUCUAGUUUCUUUUUUAUUUUUGACUUUUUGCAAUAUAGGUAAGUAUAUUGUUAAGUUAGAUAAAAAAAUAAAAUAAAAAGUAUACUGGGUCUUAAUCGCGAAAAAAAAUAUAAAAAAAACAUUAUUUUUUUUUCAAUUUGCCUAAUUACAUCUGGCCGUUAUCGCGAAAUCACCCAUUUACUUUUCAAUAAUUAUUUUUAGUGUAUUUACUAUACGCUAUGGUUUGAAACACUAUUAAUAAAACUUUUCAAAAUUCGAAAUUUAUUUGUGACAGUUAUUUUAAGAUGUUCGCAUUUGAAAAUAAGAACAGUUAAAUUCGAAAUUUAAAAUCUCGAAUUCGGAUUAUUCCGCAUAGGGCUGCGUAUUCGCGAAAUUUUAUAAGAAUUUUAUUUUUUAUUAAAAAUGCGCCCUUUUCGUUCGUAUUUUAAAGAAUAUUGUACAUAUUUUAAAAAAUAAGUUAGUUUACGUUUCUCCUAGGUUUUUUGUUUCCUUCAUAAGUUUUGAUAUGAAAAUGGCGUGACAACAUACAGAAGUUAACAAAAGGCGGACUUAUCUCUAAAACUGAUCCCUUCCAGUCAACACGUAUCAUUAUAUUGUUUAGAUUAUUUUUAAAAAUACACAUGAAAAGUCGUAUUUUUUUAACCUAGAACAUAAUUUGUUUUUUUCUGUCACGCCAUUUUGUUUUUCAAAACGUACAAGCUUUAACUCUUAAACAUAUGUGCCGUGUGUAACCCAAAACUUAGUGUACGUUCUAUCUAUUUUAUUACUUGUAGAAAUAUUGCAUUAUCCUCUUAUAAGUUUAAAAAAAAAACAACACAAAGCCGUUCUAAAGAAGUACAAUCGACGGCCUUAUUGCUAAAUAGCAAUAUCUUCCAGCCAACCAAACUGAAAACCAACGUUUGUGUUUGUGAAUUUUUCACGAUUUACAUUCGCUGCUUGGCUGCAAGCAAUAACACUCAUCGCAAAAAAAAAUAAUUGGCGGCCAUCUUGUUUUUUCUUGACUUGUAGAGAUGUAAUGAAAAUUAUUUGUAAACUUUUAGAUUAAUAUCAUGUAGCUUAGAACAGAAUUGAGAACCAUAAGUACACAUUCAGGUUAACAUAUGUAUAUCUUUAAUAAAAAAAUAAUGCACUAUUAAAUUGAACCAUCUGAAUCUACUGGUCAAGUAACGUGAAGUAGAAGUGGUCAUCUAUAAAGUUGUGUGAUUCUCUAAGGCACUGACGUAUGGCAACGCUGCGAUCGACGUUGACAAAUCUAAAGAGUCCACAUUAAAGCAAUUCAUCUAAAAAGCACUCUUGCGAUUGUAUUUAUGCAUAAAUUGUAUGUAGUAUAUUAUUUUUAUUUUUUAUUAAUACUUACAUUUAAAAAAAAUAUCAAAAACAUUGUAAUGAUACUAAGAUGAAUUACAAUUUUCGCAAAAUGUCAAAUAGCAGUCUAAUGCAUUUUUGGAUGACUUGCUUUAAUGUGGCCUCUCGAGUACUUUGACACAGACCAGAUUCCAUUUGAGCGUAUGUCAUUUCGCCGUCUGAGAAGCAAUGGUUGCGGUGGAGUUGCUUUUAUAGAAUCACAUAGCUUUUCAAAGAUAUACAUACAGCAAAAAAAUAUUUUUGAAAAAAAAGCAAUAUUAUUGAUACGCUUGAAUUAAUUAUGUUUAAGUCGAAAAGGAUUGUCUAUUUAAACGAAUAAAAUUAUGACUUUAGAGUGUUUUUAAAGAUAAUUCACAUAUAUUCUAUUGUUUAAGUUAUAUUUUCUUGUUUGGGUGAAGUUUGGUGUUAGAGGAAUGAUUGGUAUUCUUUUAAAAUUUUAAGAAAAAUAUUUUUUUGAAAAACAAAAGAGUAAAAUUGUCUGUUUUUUGCGGAUGUUUAUGGAACGCAUGCAUGAUUUUUUGUUAUAUUCUUGGCACCAAAAUUUGCUCGAACAUAAAAAAAAUAUCUGAGAUUCUUUUUACGAGCCAUUAAAAUCUCGUGAAACCCUACGCUUAUUAGUUAAUUUUUGUAAAUAAUUAUGUAAACAGAGUAAAAUAUGUUUAAAUUUUUAGAUUAAGUUUAUGAUUGCGUUAAAAAACCUUUUUAAAAUAGACUGUUCGUUUUUUAAGUAAAAAGAUUUUCUAUAAACUUUUUUCGACUAUUGUUUUUCUAUUAAAAAUUUUCACAAUCUGUCAAUAAAAUUAAAAUGGCCGCUCAAAUUUACAGAUUUUACUUUCGCCUUUCUCUUUUCAACUUGAAAUGGCAUCCAGAAAUAAAGUCUUUAUGUCAAAUUUUUAACAACAAUUAUGAAAGCCGUGGUGAAAAUCUGUAAAUUUUGUUGUCAAUCACUUCUAAGUGGCAUAAUUCUACUGUUUGAGGAACUACAAGCUUAACUCGUUUCUAUACGAUCCUGGAUUCAAUUCCGAUCUAAACACUCAUUGGUGUUAUUUCUAGCGAAAAAAAUGAUAUUUUAGUUCACAAAAUUUUAAUCGUUAUCCACUUAUGUGAGGUAGCAUUAGUUUUAGAACUAUCGAGAAAAAAAUAAAUUUAGUUCGACUUGCUAAAAUUUAUACCGUUUCUGAACAAAAUACAAUUAUAUUCUUUUAGAUAUCUUCCUCUUUUAGAUAACUAGGAUGAUCGUGUAUUCUUCAUCAUCACUAAUUUAAGAGCCACGCUCUUGUCGGUGUAGCAUUCUCCACGAUAUUUUUUUAGGGAAAAAUAGGGCAGUGGGAUCCCUCUUGCCUUUCGCCCCGCAGUACUCUGUCUGACGCGAGUGGGAUGGCGCUCAGAGUAGUUUAUUUUAAAUAUUGCAUAUAGUAGUUUAUUUUAAAAAUUUUUAUCUAUCGGUCAAAAUAUAGAGUUCAUUUUAAAAAUAACUAACAAAUAUAGGUCAUGCCAGAAAAAGAAACUUUAGCCUCCUAAAAAAAAUUACCAAUGUCUAAUAUCGUACAUAACAUAAAAGUAUACAGGGUGUUAGUGACAUCGUAACGAAAACUUUUAAUGAUGAUCUGAGCAUGAUUCUGAGUUAAUAAAGUGGAAUAUUCCAUCGCAAAACUAUAGAAUUAAUUUAAAAAAAAAAAACGGAAUGCAUUAAUUUUGCGUCGGAAAAUUCCCCUUUAUUAACUUAGAAUCAUGGUUGGAUUCACCCCCUUCAGUAUUCGUUACGAUGUCGAUUCGUUGCCCUGUGCCCCGGCACAGGCCGCCCCUCAAUUAACCGGAGGGGGUAUGGAGCAUACUCCGCCACGCUGCUCCACUGCGGGCAAUGACUAAUGAACUAUAAAAAUCUUUUUAACACUAAUGAAAGUACGUUACCGACAAAAUGCUUAAUUCUCAACAUGACUAUGCUCUGAAUAUAAAACGUAGAACUACUAAUUUUAGGCCCAAUUUUGUAAAUCAAGCAAUUUGUCGAAUAAAGAAAGCAUCCAUCUUGUUCUUGAAAUUUCUUUUUUGGCUUGUGUUUCUUGGUUGUAAUAGACUUUUUAACUUGUUAAUUCUAUUUUAGACCGAUAGAUGGCGUGAUAUCGAACUGUUCCAUUUAUUUUUCUAAAAUUAAAUUCUAUGUUAGCAAUUCGCAUUUCGUAAAUAAAAUAAUAUAUUAUGUAUUAACUAACAUUAAUUAGGGUAUAAUUUGUGGAAUUCUAGUUUUUUAAGUUGAAUAAAUUAUAAAAAUAUA